AAACAGGUGGGGCACCUACGCCAGGUGUAUUUGACUAUCAAAUAGCAGAGAUGUGCUGCUCAAGGCAAAUUUAGAGAACCUGUCUCUGAACAGCCAGAGAAAACAGACGGAAAACAGGAAAUAGACUAAUUACAAGACAUUUAACAGCACAACAGCCUGAUGAGAUCCAUUCGAACAUGAACUGGGGAUUUCUGGAGAAUGUGUUAAGCGGAGUAAACAAGUAUUCCACAGUCGUGGGACGGGUUUGGCUCUCAAUCCUCUUUGUUUUCCGGAUCCUUGUGUUUGUUGCCGCUGCCGAGCAGGUGUGGAAGGAUGAGUUCAAAGACUUUGUGUGCAACACGCAGCAGCCAGGCUGCGAGCAAGUCUGCUUUGACCACUUCUUCCCGAUCUCUCAAGUGCGAUUAUGGGCCAUGCAGCUCAUCAUGGUGUCCACACCUUCACUGCUCGUGGCACUGCAUGUGGCGUACAGAGAGCACAGAGAGAAGAAACACAAGACGAGGCUGUACCAGGACAAAGGCAGCAUAGACGGAGGGCUGCUGUUCACCUACAUUAUGAGUCUGGUUCUGAAAACAACCUUUGAGGUGACCACUCUCCUCGCUUUCUAUUACCUAUACAGUGGGUUCAACGUCCCUUGGUUACUGCAGUGUGACGAGAGUCCCUGUCCCAACACUGUGGACUGCUACAUCUCCAAAGCUACAGAGAAAAAGAUCUUUCUUUAUAUUAUGGGAUGCACGUCUAUUCUAUGCAUUGUACUGAAUGUGGUGGAGAUGGUGUAUAUUAUAUAUAAACAAUGUUGGAAAUGCUUCAGUAAGAGGUAUGUUCCUGUGAAUGAAAAAGGCAUCUGCCACGGUCGACCUCCUUCUACGUUCAUUGUCACUUCACACAUACUACAGCCGUUGUCCUCGUCAAAGGAGGGUGGGCUUCAUUCUGUUCCAGCUGGAAAGGAAAGUCCUAUACUUUCCUCUGCAUGAAAUGCAGGCAGUUGGAUUUUUUCAACAAGUCAAAAUAAUAGUAUGAGUAGGUUCGAAUAAAUUUAGAGAAAAAUUAACGAACCAACGAAUGAUGUUUUUACAAUUUUCAACCCCUAACCCAAACCCUAAACCUAACCAUGAUUUUAACAGGAAAAUAACUUUUGUGUAGCAAGAGAAACAGCAGGGUUUGCAGUGGAAAGAGGAAAGCGUAUUACAGGUUAUUGACAUGUAUCAGUUAUAUGUAUUGUGGAAAUUAAUAUAGAAUGAGAAACCAAAUGAUUUCUUUCUUAAAAUAAAGUGUUGAAUAGGAUGCUCGAUAAAAGAUGAUGUCUGUAUUGUAUCAGUUUGAAAUUCUGUUUGUUUAUUAGUUGGUCUCUAUGUCAAUAAAA